AUGGAUUCAGUUAUACCAGAUAUUAUGCAAUCAUUUAAUAAAUUAUCAGAACAGUCUUUAAAGUUUGCAAUAGAGUCAAUUAAAGAGUUUAGUAAUGGUUUGGUCAGUGAAAAUGCAACAAGUUCAACAACUACAUCAACUUCAACAACUACUACAGAUGAUAGAAAGCAAUUACUACCAAUUAUUGAAUCUAGUAUUUGGGAUGAAGCAUAUAGCUGGUUAAAGCAAAUUCCUGCAGGUGAAAGUAUUUCAAAGCAUUUCAAUUGUAAAAUAGAUGAUGUUCCAGCUACUUUAAAGAGAUACAAUAGUUUAAAAUUAUUUUUAGAGAGUUUGCCAGAUGAACAAAUUAAAGAAAUCUUUGUACAUUUAUCAUUGGAAAAUUUAGAAACCAAAGGCUUUAAUAAAAUAGAUAUGAUUCCAAAGAUUGAAGAAGAAAUGAUGAUGCAAGGUAUUUUCAAAUUAUUAUUUAGACUCAAUAAAAAGACAUUAGAAAGUUUUUCUCAAGAUUUAAAGAUUAAGUUCACAGAUAACAUACCAAGUGUUUGUGACUCAAUUAUGAGUACAAUGUAUGAUUUAGAAGAGUCUCCCGAGAUUCAACAACCAUCUACAACUACAACAACAACUACCACAACCACAACAACAUCACCAACAACCCCAGUUAAAGAGAAUAAUGACUCUAACAAUAAUACAACAACAACCUCACCAACUUCGGGCACUUUAACUCCAGAGAAAAAAGAAACCCCAACUAAAUCUAAAAAAGGAACUCCAAUGAAAGCACCAACUAAAAAGCAACCGGGAACACCAAAUGGAGCGGUGACAACCUCGGCCUCUCCAUCUAAAAAUUCAACAAAUACAAAUACUGUACAAUCAGCAAACUCAAAUACAACAUCCCCAACCUCUUCAUCAGGAACAGGGGCAGAGUCAACUACUUCAGCAAAUAAUACAAAUGUCACUACUACACCACCAGCUAAUAAUAAGAAAAAAGUAAGAUCAUCUUUAGAUAAACCAUCAUCUGAUUUACCAUUAACACCAACGUUACCAGGAAAAAGAGAAAGAAAACCUGUUCCUAUUGACCCUCUACUCCAACCAGCUUCAUCCAAAUCAAACUCACCACCAACUACAACCACCACAACAACCAAACCAAAAGCAGCAACAGCUAAACCAAAAGCAAAAAUAACAGCAAAAACACCAGCACAACCUAAAAAAGCAACAAGUAAAAAAAUAGCAGCUAAAAGAAAGAGAAUAGAAGAGGAAGAAGAGGAAGAAGAAGGAGAGGAAAAUGUAGAGGAAGAGGAAGAGGAAAUAAUAGAAGAGGAAGAAGAAAAUAUAAACGAUAAUGAUGAUGACGAACAGGAAAUGGAUUAUAAGACCAACAACUACAAUAAUAAUAUGAGCAAUAUUGAAUAUUUAAAUGGUGAGCCAAGAGGCUACUAUGAAGAUGAGGGCAAAAAGAAAUGGGUGUGCCCACCUCUAGAAUACAUUAAAAAAGGCGUCGAAAGAUCUUACCUCCAAAAUGAAUUUAAUCUCUCAGACUUGAUAGAGUUUUGCAAACUUCACAACUUACCAAAGAAUAAAACAAAAUCAAAAACAAUUAAAAUAAUCGUUGAUUUCAUAGAGAGUGGUAUUGUUCCACCCCAAGCAGGCGGUAAAAAGAAAAAGAAAGGAGGUGUUACAAAUAAAAAAUCAAAGGAAUCAUCAGAGGCCACAGAAACCACUACUGCCUAA